AUCUAACCUUCUACACCCUGAUAUUGCCGUGUUCACAACCGAGUGAGCAAAUAAAAGAACAGACAUUCACCGCUAGCUGAUUUUAAAGUGGAUUUCUGUGAGCAGGACCACUGAAAGCCAGCCAUGGAAGAACUUACGGCGUUCGUCUCGAAAUCUUUCGAUCAAAAACCCAAGGAGAGCACCAAGGAGAGUAUUACGUACAGGGAAGUUUUGGAGAGUGGCUUGUCGAGAGCCAGGGAGCUGGGAAACUCGGAGACAAACCUCCAGGACAUUACUGAAACAAGCAACCACUGUCCGGUGCAUCUAUUCAAGGACCACGUAGAGCUUGAAAAAGAAAAACUGAAGGAGUUUAAUGUUACAAGGGCUUCAGAAGGGAUCUAUGAAUGCAAAGAGAAGAAAGAGGACGUCAAAUCCGAGGACGAGGACGCACAAGGCAAACUGAAGCAGAGACGGAGCAGGACGAAUUUUACGUUGGAGCAACUGAACGAGCUGGAGAGGCUAUUUGAUGAGACGCACUACCCGGACGCGUUCAUGAGAGAGGAGCUGAGCCAGAGACUCGGCCUGUCGGAGGCCCGUGUGCAGGUGUGGUUUCAAAACAGACGAGCCAAGUGUCGAAAACAAGAGAAUCAGAUGCACAAAGGCGUUAUUUUGGGGACGGCUAGUCACUUGGAAGCCUGCAGAGUCGCGCCAUAUGUCAACAUGGGGGCCCUAAGGAUGCCAUUCCAGCAGGUCCAGGCUCAGCUCCAGUUGGAGGGCGUCGCCCACUCCCAUCCCCACCUCCACCCGCACCUGGCGGCGCACGCCCCUUACCUGAUGUUCCCGCCUCCACCCUUCGGACUACCAAUCGCGUCGCUGGCAGACUCGGCCUCGGCGGCUGCGGCGGUGGCGGCCGCCAAGAGCAACAGCAAGAACUCCAGCAUCGCCGACCUCCGACUCAAGGCAGGACUUCUUGGAGGCCAGUGGCUCAACCCUUUCCAGUCUCACAUCACAACCCCAGGACCGUACAAACAUCUCUGGAUGUCUGUCUGAACAAACCUGCAUUUAAGAGAAGACUUUUUUCUUUUUUUUUUUAACAAAAAAAUCAAAGUGAAACAGAAAAAAAAAAACUGGGGGCAAAGAGAAACAAAAUGAAAAGAAUGAAACAAGCGCGGGGGGGCAACAGAGCUUGAGCUUUUGAGCCAAAAAGUGUAUGUAAUGGCAAGACUCGGGAGCGCGGGGAUGCCCUCACGUUACAAAAGACACACACACACACACACACACACACAUGCACAGAUAUACACACACACAAACACACACACACAGAAUGGUCUCCAUGUUCACCUCCAGCCACUGUGUUCCUUGUCACUGCUCACAGUUCAGUGCAUGUGCUCAAACGAAGAAAAACACCAUUUGGGGCUGGCCUCCACUCUUACUGAAAUUUGCCCUUGUUGUUGUUUUGAUCACUGCCACGACAAUUUUCCACUAUAUUUCUCAUCUAGUGCUAAGAUUUUAGACGCCCAUUUUCUUUUUGUCUUUUUUGUUUGUUUGUUUGUUUGUUUGUUUUGCUGCGGACAGAGCUAGGAAGCAGCAAUAACACCACCUGUAAAAAAAAAAACAAAACACAAAAACGAGAAAAAAAGUAUUAGUUUUGGGGUAAGUUAUUGUUGUUAUUAUUAUUAUUAUUAUUAUUAUGAUUAUUAUUAUAAUUCUGAUUCUAUCUAUUUUUUGGUUUGUUUGGUAACGUUAUAUUGCUGUAUUUUCUUCUGGGCAUGUCUGGAAGAGCUUUUGCUUUGGAGUGUUCCCUCUCGGCUUUCUCUUGGCUUUCGUUCGUCCAACUGUGCUGUGUCCUGGGAAUAGAAGUGAUGAUAGCCUUUGCACUUCAGGUCUUGUUUAAGGAGUUUACAAUUCGCACUGCAAGAAGAUACUACUUCUUAAAAGGGGGAGGGGGAAGGAAUAUAAAAACAGUUUUUGUGUGUGUGUAUGGGGGGAUAAGGGGAAUA